UUUGAACAGCUAUUGACAGGGAAUGACGCAAGAGUGCAAUUUGAACCUUAUACCAGGAGGUGGAGGACAAUUGACGUUUACUGAAGUUUGUGAGAAAAUAGAAAACAGAAAUGUCAAAUUCCACAAGAAAGGACGGAAGGAAAGCAAAAGAUACAGGAGAUCAAUUUAAAGGUCGUUGGCGAAAUAAAAAACAGGAUAUGGAUAAAACGAAAGAAAAAGAACUUGAAAGGAACGUUCAACACAGCUCACAUCGCAAGGAUGGCGAGACGAAGAUGGAUAAUGACGUACAUGAGUCUCCGUCGACAGCAAACACAACUGAGAAAAAACAUGGCAAAAAGCGCCCUGCUAAUCAAUGUUCAUAUGCCCACUAUACAGAUUCUGAGUCUAGAUCAAAUGAUGGGCAUUCAUCCCCAAGGCAUGCACAGGCGCAAGAGCUGUUACUUAGACAGACAGAAGCAAGUAAGCAGAUGCUGUAUGGAGUGUUUGGAAACGUCAUCACAAUCUUAGAGGAGCACGAAAAACGCACUUCGGCAGUUGGCAAAAAGAAAAUGAAGCAAUCAGACAUCACAAUUCCAGACCAGUCAUGGAAGACAAAUGCAGAUGUUAAAGCCAACUUGGAGACGCAGUUAUUACUCUUCCAAACUCAGAGUAAAGCUUGUCCUGAAAAAGUAAAACUGUCUGUCAAUCGUGAACUGAGACGGAAAACUAUUGCAUGGUUUGGAGUCAGGGAGGAGUCAAAUAUCGACAUCGACGAAACAGACAUAUAUGCUUGCAGGCUGUAUGAAAUUCUUGUCCAAGGAGCGACCAAACAUGAGAUCUUAGACAAGCCUAGGACUCAGGUAACAGAGAAAACUAUACGCGAGACUUUGCCUAAAAUUUUCAAAGGCAAAAACGAUGCGCGUGAGCUUGACGAUUCUUUCAAAAAGGACACACACAAGAAGGCAGAAGCACCUAAAACGCGCCAAGCAGAAGUCGAUGAUGCGUAUUUGUUGGGUUUAUCACGCAUCGAAAGGACAGAACCAAAGUUGAAACAGUUCGUGGACAUUGAUAGGUCAUCUAUCAAACACGAGGGACCAGAGAGCAUUCUGUAAUUAAGAUAACUGGCCAAUCAACCUUGAACAUUGAUAAUACAUAGUUGAGUUAUCUUAUUGAUGUCUUUGGUUCAACAGUGAAAGUACUCAAUUCAUGUUAAUUAAAGCCCCCGACCAAAUUUAGUUUAUACAGACAGAUCCUAGUUCUUACCUCCAAACGAAGACAGACCCCAACAGCAUAAUAUCGCAUUAUAAAAAAAGAUAAACGUGUCAGGCUAUGUACUGUUUUCAGAUUAAGGAUUUGAAAUGAAACUAAUGUUAUGGACAUUAUGGCUGUAAACUACUAGAGCUCUUGUAUAAUCAGGCAAAACAUAUUAUAGAAGCAUUUUGUUUUAAAUCCUGAACAUUACAAAACCUUAUGUUAUCAGGUAAAUUCCAUUCUCUUAAUGCUAUUUUGCAAAAUACUUCCGUAUGAUAUAUAUAUGCUUAUUUGUGCAUCUUAAGUAAUCAAUAUGUCAUGCUUUACUUUUCUAUUUUGUAUUUUAUAAUUUCUAUAUUUUAAAGACCCGUUUUGAUGGCACAAUUGGUUGGCGUGUUACAUUGUAGCAUUGUUUUUGGUAGUUUGUCAAAGAAGUGUUUUAUCGAAAUAAAGUACUCCUAACAGUGGGUGAAGCGA